GGUAACUCGAGCGGAGUUUCCCAACUGCUCGGCCGGAAGGGAACUCGCCAGCGCCGGCGCGCCUGGAGAAAGGAGGCGGCGGCGGCGGCGGCGGCUGGAACUCCUGGAGGCGCUUUCCAGGUAUCUCAAGUUGCUGCUUUAUUAGCUCCGUUGUAUCCUGGCAUGGAAUAGAGGCAAUUUUGCUCCAGCUCCUAUUUAACAGAUACCUUUAAAUAGUAGGACAAGUAGAAAGGUGUGUACCUUGGGUGCAGGCCCAUGGUGUAACACUUCCUGCUCCACUUGAAUUCCUUUCUGCUCCCAAUGAAUGAAGACCAUCUUGAAAUAGAUGCCUGCCACAUAACAUCUGUGUGAUGAGCACCAUCCAGGAAUGCAACGUCCUAUUAAGAGGCUCUUGGCUACCGACAUAUAGCUUGCUCAGACCCAGCAACAGAAUUUAGGGUUUUUUUAAGCCGUGCUUGCUCUGGUGUCCCUUCUGCUUCAUAGACCUACAAUUGCUGGCAUUGCCGGUGAAGAUUUUUAGAGUUCUUUUCCUUCUUGGUUCUAAGCCGACAAGAUGAUUGACUUGAGUUUUCUUACCGAUGAGGAGCAAGAGUCAAUUUUGAAAGUGCUGCAGCGGGAUGCAGACUUAAAGAGCAUUGAAGAGGAUAGAAUCAGGCAUUUACCUGAAAAAGUAAAAGAUGAUAUCCAAGUCAAGAAUAUGAGUGGGCAGUGGUUUUAUGAAGCCAAGGCAAAGAGGCACAGAGAGAAAAUACACGGAGCCGAUAUUAUCCGGGCAUCGAUAAGAAGGAAGCCCUUGACAAUAGCUGAGCUGAAUCAAAAUAAGCCGGGGAAUACCAAACGCAGCUGGGUGAACAAUGUCAACAAAGAGAUCUUCGUGUCACCAGAACAGUUGGGUGUCAUGGAAGAUAAGGAAGGGGAGUCAAAAUCUAACCAGAGUCCUAAAAUGUUCAAUGCAGCCUCCAACACCUUAGAGAAACCCCAAGAAGAAACAAGGAAGCCAGCUCUGUCACCUUCUAAGCAAAGGAAAAAUCCAUUUAAUGAUUCAGCUGGACCAGAAGAUAAUGCAAAAACUGAGCAGGCUGAAAAUGGAAUGGCUGAUUCGUCGGAAGCAACCGGGGAAGUCACUCAUUCACCUUCAGUAGAAAACCAACCCAGAGUAAAUUUAUUGAACUACAGCAGAAUAGAAAGACCAGAACAACCUUCUGUAGAAUCAAGGCAGGCAGGAAGAAUGCCUGUACCCAAAGCUAGGAAAAAUGCCCACAGGACCUCAGAUAUCAGCUUGCAGAGUAAAGAUUCCUUACCCAAAGUGCCUAAAAGGAUCAAGCAGAUCAACAGCCAAGGGAGGCCACCCAAGAGCAUCCUCAAGCGAAGCUCUAGUUCAAGUUCCACAGAUUCUGAAGUACUGCGUCUUAGUCAAACCUUGGAACCAUCCAGUAAAAGUGGAUUACCUACCUCCACCAUCCUUGAAGAUGUGGCAGAGAAGAGCCCUCCCCCAGGAGAAGACUACUCUCAAAACUCACUGGAAAGAUUAAAGCAAGUCAGGUUUUCUUCCAGUAUAAAUAGGAAUGAAUGUCCACCAAGUCUUGAGUUGCACGACGGCAAAGAACCUGGGGAAUUCAGUUUGUUAGAUUCUGACUGUGUUAAGACUAAUGAGAACAAAGUAAAUUAUUUAGGUGCACAUGAGGACAGGCCAUCUGGUCCAGCAAAGCCACCACGGUCCUAUUCACCAGCUUUAAACAGUAAUGUGAAGGACGGACAAAUAUCUCAAGAAGGCUCAGAUCUGUUAUUGUUGGGGGAAAAUACUCCCAUAGAAGCUGUACCUCCAGGGGAACCAUCCAGGAAGAUUGUUCCCAGCACUGUGGAUGAGCAAACGGUUCCAGUUCAGUCUCAGACCAAAACUAAGCAGCUGAGUCCUGAGCCAUGUGCCAGCACAGAAAGCAGCACUGGCCGGGAGUUGCCUUUGGCUGAGACAGAAGAAGCUGGCCGUGCAGACCUUGAACAAGGUAAGCCUGCUCUUGUUGAGGGUCACAGUGUUGACAAACAUGCUGCUGAGAAUUUGAAGGCAACUGAUGAAUCCAUAUCCAAAGUUCUAGACUGGUUCAAAAGAAGUUCCAGCACUGCUGAUAAAGAAACAGUUUUGAUAAUCCCUCAGGGAAGGGCAUUUGCAAAGGAGAUGGACACCCCAAAGCCAAUGGAAUUGUCUGUAACUGGAGAAGAUAAUGGGUCAAGUACAGAUAUGUUAAAUCUGAAUUCCCCUCUGUAUAAAAGAGAAGAGUCAGCGAGCAAAGACUUAAGGCUCCACGAUGUCAUAAAGCAACCAGGACAAUUAUCAUUUUCAGAAAUUGAAAGUCCAAGCAGUAUGUUUCUAGGAGAGCAAGCUAGUCUGGAUCAUAGCAGAGAAAAAGAGAAUGCAGCUUCUAGCAGCCAAGGGCAGAAUAUUCAUAUCACUAAGAGAAUGCAUUUCCAGGCCAUUGAUCAGAGUGAGAACAAGAUGGAUGAAAACAGCGUGAAAGACAUCUGUGAAGAUGUUUUGUGCAGAAGACUAAAUGCUUUUGAAGAUAAAACACAUAUGGGUUUGAAGAGCGCUGAUGCUUCUUUUGGAAGAGGAAUGAAAAGAGAAACUAGCCCAUGGGGAUACACUGAUGGAGAGAGAGAUGUUAAAUCUUUCUUGGAAGAAGAAAAUGUUGAGCGUAAGUCUGGAGAAACUCUGAAAGAACCUAAAGGAAAGGACUGUGAUUUCCUAGACAGAGAAAGCAUGCCUCAUGCCAACGAUAGGGGUAGCUUGGUCUUGCAACAACAUGAUUUAAAACAAUCACCAGUGAUGGAAUAUAAGAAAAGAGUCAAGGAUAUUAGGGCUUUCUGGGAAGGUGGCAAGAUGACUCCAAAGCCUGAAAAUAAGGAAGAUCUAAAAAAAGAAAAUAUGUCUAGCUAUACAAAGGAACACAGUGGGAUAAAACCAAUGGGCGGAUCUUCUGGAUAUGUAACAAGUGAAUCUGACAAUGAGCAAAGCAAAUAUAAUUUAGUUACCUUCAGAAAAGUUGAGUUAAGUGAGGAGGACUCUGAAACACAAGAUGAUGAUGUUAAGUUGUUUUCAGGAACAAGGGGGCCAAUCCAAGUGGAUAAAUCUACAGGAAGCGGAGUCAUUGAUAUAUCUAAUGAAGUACUUUCAAGUGGCCAGAAAAAUACUGACAUUAUGGGAUUGUUGAAUGAUGGCAAUUUGCAACCAAGUAACAAAACGAUACCAUUUUCUAAAGAGUAUGAGAGAUCAGAAGUCACUGCUUUAGAAAAAGGGAAUAUUCUACCCACUCUGCCGCCAAAGACUCAUUUUAAGAUUCAUUCACUGAAAGAAAAAAUAGAUGAAGAAUCCAGGUCUCAGAUGCUCAACCCUUCCCAGUUUCAGAGCCUGAGAAGCUUUUGGGAUGUUGGGACUAAGCUACAGAGCAGGACUGAUGAGGCCAUCCCACAGAGGCAUAAGAGUAGUAGUGGAAGUUAUGUUAAAGAGUUACAAGAAGGAAUUGGAACUAGCCAGGCCAUUUUGGAAGAAGGGAGAUCUGGUUUUCCUCUUCAAGAAGAGGGAACAAAGAAAUCCCCUGCUAAGAUUUCACACCCAAGUCCUUCAGCAGAAAGAAGGGUGAUUUUGAAGCACAUGGGACAACCCAUGCUUUCCCCAUCAGCAAUGACUGAACCCAUGCAUUUAGAUUAUGUCCUAACAAGGGACAAUGACUCUUCCAAUGUACUUCCGGUGAAGGAACAUGCAGGAAUAAGAACUGCUUCACCAGAAAUACAGCCUAGUGUCAUUAACAGUGGUUUCCAGAAACCGCUGGUUGAAGAGUCACAGGAAUCCUGUCACCCACCAAUAUGUGAGAAAGGGAGUCCGCGGGUAGAGUUAGUAGCAAAGGGUCACAUGUCUUACAGUGACCAGAUUCAAGAACCUAGUUUUGUCCCUGCAGACACACAUAGAAAAGCUGUGCUUAAAGCAAGUGAGGUUGUAGAGACUGUAAAUAGGACUUCAGUUUCACCAAAAGCUGCUGCUGGUGCUUUUAAUAUGAGUUUGGAGAAGUUGCUGCAGGAAACUUCUGAUGCACAGGCCUCUCCCGGUCAUGGUAUAAUAGUGGAUGUUUCUGAACCAGCAGCUCCUAUGUCAGAGAAAAGGGAUUUUUUUAAUAAGGUGAUGGAGCGCAGCCAUCGUUCUUAUUCCAGUGAUCCAAAAGAGAGCAGAGUGGGAUCUCAAACAGAAGGAACUAUUGAAGAAUAUGACUUACUCCAAACUCAGCCAGUUGAAUUUAAAGCCAGUGUGGGAAGUUUGCCUAGAUCACUGGAAGAAUUAAAAUCUGUGCCUAUGAAAGUCCCCAACAGAGAGGAUAGGCAAACAUAUUUAGAUGAUAUUCCUACCUGGGAAGAAAGCUUGCCGAUUCUGUCACCGGAGUUGAUACGACCUGAUACCCCUGGUGCUGUUCAGAACAGAACAGACUCUCCUGAGAAAGAGGUUUUUGAGAUGGUGUCUAAAAAUAAUGUUCCACCAAACAGAGCCUGCAGCGAUUUGAAUGCUAAACUCAUCAAUCUGUUGAAAGAAUCGGCAAAAUUGUCCACUACUGAGAACAUUUUGAAAACACCAUUGGAUAGUAUUCUUAAAGAAGCACAGCAAAAGCCCUAUAAACAAACGACUGAAAAGAAAGACUUUGCUUCACCCCAGAUGUCCAGUCGUUUGAGAGAGACUAUGCAUGAGGCAGUUGUGGGAAGCAAAGAUACAAAGAAAGAUGACGACAUGCUGACUGAAGUACCAGGUGACACAACAGAAGCAACUAAACAAUAUGUAAACCAUAAAGAGAGAAUUCAGGGAAUUCAGGGAGAAUUAGUUGAUGAGCAACCUGUGGAUGUGAUGGAAACAGUUGUGAAAACUAUUAAACCAAAAUCAUGCGAUCGUGCAGCAUUUAGAGCUAAUUUAAAAAAAAUACUUAAUGAAGACUCAACAGUGUCACUUGGAGACAUAGAAAUUCCUAAACUAAUACAUACCACAUUACAGCCUGAUCAGUCUGUGAGCUCAGCUUAUGCCAAAGAUACACUGGAUGCUCAGGAAGUAAUUGAAGCAAUAGAAAAAUCGACUGUUCCUUCUAAUUCUAGACAUGCUGAAUUCCAAGCCCGUUUCCAAACACUACUCAAGGAAAACUCUGAAACCUUACCAGGUAGUCUGAAAAAAGAGAGUAGCAAUGAGGUGCAAAUAAACAGAAAGCCUACUCAGAACAUAGGUUUUAUCAGUCAACAGGAAAUAGACUGUGGUCAAGAAAUUAAUGAAACUGUAAACAAGAAUAAUGCACCAUCCAGAUUUCAGCAAAGUGAAUUUAAUUCUAGCUUACAGAAAUUGCUUGAGGAAACUUCUCAAACACCACCUUCUCACCCAGGAUGUUUAAGCCUUCCCCAAGAUGAAACUGUAAUGAAAUCUGUUGCUCCAGCAAAAGAUGUUGGUUCAUUAAAGUCCAGUUUAGAAAAGUUAAUCUGGGAAAGUUCUGAUGCAGCCUCUCAGCCACCCACGGUUGACUGCAAGAAAAUUACCAAUGAUUCAUCACCUGAUUUAGAGGAACAAAGCUUACCUGUAAAAAUGCCAACUUUGAUGGAGACUGUGUCAAGUGAUUACCGUAGUGAACUUAAAAUCCCACUUACAGAGAAGGCCUCCAAACAUGAAAAACAAAUUGAAGAAGGAGCAAAGAUUUCAGAGAAUAUGGUUUUCCAAAAAAUUAUCCAUCUUAACCUAUCGUCUUCAGAAACUCCAUGUCUGGAAAAAGAGGAGGAUUCUCCCUCGACAGCCAAUAAGAAAGAGUACAAAAGUACACAAGAGAAAGAAACAGAACUUUCCACUGCAAAUGCUUCAUUCGUUGAUACCAACGAAAGCCUGAUUGUGGGCCAUGAAUUGCAAAGGUCAAGCACCCUACUCUCUGGAAGUCCUCUCCAAACAAGGAAGGUUGAGCUUCAGCUUGCUGCCCCUCAAGCUGGUGAUGACAACGAUGAUGAUGGAGAUGCCAGGACUUUUGAGUCAGAUUUUUCAGAUGAAAAUAAAUCCUUUCUGGGAAUCCAAAGAAGUCCAAUAUGUUCGGAGGAAGAGUUGAACCCUGUUAUGAAGGCUCUGACAAGGAAUUCAAAUAGGCAAAUUCCUUCCAAAAGUCUAGAGGACAUACCAACAGCCACAUCAAAUAAAGAAAAAAUAAACCUUGCCAGGGAAGACUUAGUGCUUAGUGCUGAAGAUGAUCACCCAAUUGAGCCAAGUGGCAACACAGCAGGAAUCUCCACAGCACCUUCUUUCUCUGACAGUCAAUUCUCACGUCCGGAAAAAAUCAAGAUGAUGAGCAAAUCGGUCCCAGCAUUUCUUCAGGAUGAGAGCGAUGACAGAGAGACAGAUACAGCAUCAGAGAGCAGUUUCCCACAUGGCAGAAUCACGAAGAGCCCGAGUUCGCUAACCAAUCUUAGUGGCUCUUCUGGCUUGGCGUCCUUGUCUUCUGUGAGCACUAGUGUGAUGAGCGUUUAUAGUGGAGAUUUUGGCAAUGUGGAUGUGAAGGGGAAUCUCCAGUUUGCCAUUGACUAUGUGGAGCAGUUGAAGGAGUUCCAUAUUUUUAUUGCCCAGGGCAAGGAUUUGGCUAUUGCAGACGUUAAAAAGCAACGUUCAGAUCCGUACGUGAAGAGUUACCUGCUACCAGAAAAACACAAACUAGGCAAAAGGAAGACAUCGGUGAAGAAAAAAACAUUGAAUCCUGUCUACAAUGAGAUAUUACGGUAUAAAGUAGAGAAGGACGUGUUGGAGACUCAAAGGCUGAAUGUCUCAGUUUGGCAUCACGAUACUUUUGGGCGCAAUAGUUUCUUGGGUGAAGUGGAGCUGGACUUGGCAAACUGGGACUGGAAUAACAGUCAGAGCAAGCAAAUGAUCUGGUACCCGUUGAAGCCAAGGACUCCCUUAACAGGACUAGAGCUUGAAAACCGAGGGGAGAUAAAGAUAGCUCUCCAGUAUGUCCCACAGCCUGUUGGAGGUAAAAAGACUCCAGCCACUGGAGAAGUUCACAUUUGGGUGAAAGAAUGCAAUGACCUCCCUGUCCUUAGAGGCCCGAAGAUCAACUCCUUUGUGAAGUGUACCGUCCUUCCAGAUACAAGUAGAAAGAGCCGUCAGAAAACAAGAGCUGUUGCGAAGACGACCAAUCCAGUCUUCAACCAUACCAUGGUUUACGAUGGCUUCAGACCUGAAGACUUAAAAGAAGCAUGUGUGGAACUUACUGUUUGGGAUCAUAAUAAACUUGCCAAUCACUUCCUGGGAGGACUUAGAAUAGGACUUGGAACAGGCAAAAGCUAUGGUACCCCCGUGGACUGGAUGGACUCUACAUUAGAUGAAGCCACCCUAUGGGAAAGGAUGAUCAACUCUCCCAACACUUGGGUAGAAGACACUCUGCCACUCCGGAUGCUGAUGGUGGCAAAAAUGACAAAAUAGGAAUGAUGCUGUAAUAGGUUGCUUCCAGUUGAUAUGACUUGCUGGCAUCUGAUGGAGAGAAGAGCCAGAGAGAUAAAGAGAUGAACUUCUAGGGGACAAACUCUUUCAGGUGUAACUUCAGCAGAGGGUAUCUUUAUACUGUAUAUAACUUUAUCUUGUUUUUGCUGAAUGCUACCACGAUGAAGCAUGUUAGUGUCUGCUUAUCCACUGGUACUGUUUUAAAUUAAACUCUUUUAAUCUUUAACAAAUAUGUAUUAAAAUAUGAAAUGUAUUUAAAAUAUUAUGUACAGUUGUCUUGUGCGGUCUUUUAAAUAGAUCAUGAAAAGCAAUUAAAUGAUUCCACUAAAUAAACAGCCAUGCACCUUUUUGUUCCAUCGUUCUGAGGUUCCUCAAAUCUGAAUAUUUCUUGUAACAUCACACAAUUUUUACCUACAUCUGAGCUUAAUUAAUGCUUGAAGAGCAGAUAUCCGCUGUGGUUAGGAAGGCCUUUGCACAACUCCAUCUGGUGUAC